GAGCGCCACUCUCCGCGGACGCUUGCAUCUGAGGAGUUCUCAUUAAUGUGCGAGUCCAAGAGAGCUCCGCGUUUCCACUGUUUGGUCCUGCUACGUUGCUGACCUUACACCAUGGGAGUGACUUGUGUGUCCCAGAUGCCUGUGGCUGAGGGCAAGAGUGUCCAGCAGACUGUGGAGCUUCUCACCCGGAAAUUGGAAAUGCUUGGGGCAGAGAAGCAAGGAACGUUUUGUGUGGACUGCGAGACCUACCACACGGCUGCUUCGACCCUUGGCAGCCAAGGUCAGACCGGGAAGCUGAUGUACGUGAUGCACAACUCGGAGUACCCUCUGAGCUGCUUCGCCCUCUUUGAGAACGGCCCCUGCCUUAUUGCCGACACCAACUUUGAUGUGCUCAUGGUGAAGCUCAAGGGCUUUUUCCAGAGUGCCAAGGCCAGCAAGAUUGAGACCCGGGGCACCCGUUACCAGUACUGUGACUUCCUGGUGAAGGUGGGCACGGUCACCAUGGGGCCCAGUGCUCGAGGCAUCUCCGUGGAGGUGGAGUAUGGUCCCUGUGUGGUAGCUAGCGACUGCUGGAGCCUGCUGCUCGAGUUUCUGCAGAGUUUUCUCGGCAGCCACACACCGGGGGCUCCUGCAGUGUUUGGCAACAGACACGAUGUGGUCUACGGCCCAGCAGAUACCAUGGUCCAGUACAUGGAACUCUUCAACAAGAUCCGCAAGCAGCAGCAAGUGCCGGUGGCCGGGAUCCGUUAGUGACUAGAAGCUACCUGGCUGAGCUCUGUCACCAGGGGACUCCACAGGAGGAGCAGGUGCUGCACCCUCAGGCCCCUGGGCCCAGAAACCCAGGGCAGAGUGGAGCCUUCUCUCCCUCUCCUGUUCCCAGCGUGGCUUCUGAUCUGGGGCUCUGGACUCCCAUCCCCUGACCCUCACACACAGCCCCCUGACAGCUGUUUUACCCCACGCCUUACUGGACUUGGCCUGUCCUCAAGAAUGAUAAUUACGAAGAGUGGAGAAGUUUGGAGCUUUCCAGCUUUAGGGGAAAAGGUAGGACAGGGGUGUCCCUGCCGAGUGUUGGUGGGGAAAGUAGCCUGUAUGACCAGCUAUUGAGGACUUGGCUUCGGCCCAGAGUGGACAGGCUGUAUGUUGUGUUUGGGCUGUGCUGCAAUAAAGGCCUCUUCCUCUACUCAAAGGACACGGCUGGGCCUCUUCUGGAGCAGGAGUAGCAGGCACAGCUUGUUUGAAGGCUGUCUUUUUCUGACUUGCUUGCUGAAGUGAACUGAGUUGACUUUUCUAGGGUUUGCCGGAGUCCUCUGAAGUCUGUCUCCCUUUGACAUCUUUCGAUUCUGUUGUGAAUUCUAUUAAGCCACAGGCUAAGCUGCUAUAACAGAGAGAGCCUAAAGUACAGUGGCUGUCAGUAGAAGUUUAAUUUUCUCUAAAAUAACAGAGGUAGUUGGAUGGUCUAGGGCAGAUAUAACUGUACAAGGCCGUCAGGAACUUGGUUUCCUUAUAUCUUUUUUUUUCCUUUUAGCUGAGCCAUCCUGCCACCUGUUGGCAGCUCAGCUCAGGCCGGGAAUUGAA